AUGAAGGGCCUUGUGUUGGUUACUGGUGGUACCGGCUUCGUGGGGUCGCACAUCAUCCAGCAUGCCCUUGCUGCUGGCUAUCCCGUUCGAGCCGUGACUCGUCCAGGUAAGGCUUCGGCUAUAUACGCUAUGAAUCCUAAUGCGUCAGGCUUGGAGGCUGUUGAGGUGACCGACCUGGCGGACGGCGACUUCACCGACGCUUUGAAGGGAGUCGAAGCUGUUAUUCAUUGCGCCGCCCCAAGCUUUGCGGACCCGACCACACCAUCUAUGGUAGUGUGGAGGGGUGCGUAUGAUGGCACCGUUAAUCUUAUCGAGCAGUCCUUGAAAGCGGGAAUCAAGAAAUUUAUCUAUACUGGGACAUUUAUGAAUCUAUUUGGAGAUAACGGCAAAUCCGCUUUUGGUUCUGAGUCCGUUGGACCCAACGAUUGGAACAUGAUCAAACAAGAACAAGUUCACAUGAAGGACGACAAUCCUGCCGGUCCCGUUGCUGCGUAUCUCGGCGCCAAAGUGAUUGCUGAGCGCAAGAUGUGGGAAUUUGCUGAGGCCAACCCUCAGGUGGAUUUUACCUCAGUGAUCCCGAGCGGCAUCUACGGCCCUUUUGCUGAUAAUUUCCCGAGGCCGAGCAACGUCCCCGGAUUGAGUAGCAAUCAGUUCAUCUACAUGCUUCUCCACGGUGGCCCUGAGGGCCCCAAUACGUACCCCCCCAUCUUCGUGGGGCAUACGGUUGAUGUGCGCGAUGUUGCGAAAGUCCAUAUCCUGGCCCUCAGCGCGGACCCGCUUCCUAAUAAGCAGCAAAAGCGUUUUCUCUUAUCCGAGGGAGUCCACACAUGGCCUGAGGUGGCCGAUAUGGUACGCAAGAGGAGACCUGAGCUCGCGUCGCGUAUGCCGAAGGACGAUGCUACCCCUCCGGUACAGACGAAUGCGCCGCUGGACACGUCCCUGGUUAAAAAGGUUCUUGGCUUUGAGUAUCGCCCGUGGGAAGAGAUGUUCCUUACUGGUCUUGACGAAUGUCUUAAAUGGGACGCCAGCAGUAUUUAA